AUUUAGUGGCCCCUAAAUCACACCCUGCUCCCCAUGGCCAGUCGGUGUAUGCUGCUCUCUGCUCUUGCCACCGGAGAGCCUGGCCAGAACUUUUGAAGGGAGCAAUGGCAUAGUGGGGUGUCCCAUCCGGGAAAGCCAACUCCUUCCCAUGCAUGGUCCUGUGUGCGCAGAACCCCUGGCCCAACGGCCUGACCACCCCCUGCCAGACCUCAGCAUCCUCCAAGCCAACCAGCAGCUCUGCAGGAGGGGAAACACCACCCACAAAGUCAGUGGAGACUGUCCAGGAUUGUGGAGGAAAACCUGCUGGAGUUGGUCCCAGCUUGGUGGCAACGGGUUGACGCCGGGAAGGAUACUCUGUGGGGACAAGUGGGUUCCUUGCCUGCAGCGAACCCCUUGGUGAGAGGGCUGGGCUCCCUAUCAAUGCUCUGUUCCCAUAGAGCUGCAACCUCACCCGCUAGCUUUCAGAAGAACACCCAAUGUUAUGCCCUGGGGGUCUCCACAUUUCUCCCUGAUGGUGUUUGAUGAUGAGACAUGUAGGGUCAUCCCCAGGGCCCAUCCUCACCUGCCUGAUGGAGGUCUGCCCCAGCACUGGCUCUUCCAGAGCAAGUUUGCUAUUCCUCAUCCUUGUGGCCAUGCUGAGCAGCUCCUCGCUACAGAAAUCCCUUCCCGCGGGAUACAGAGACCACGAGGGUCACCAGGAGAGCACGGGCCUAAUCCAGUGUGGGGAGUACAGCAACCAGGUGCUGCCCAAUGGCCGCUGUAAGAUCGUGGCCACGCUGCCGCAGGGAGAUGAGCAGCGGUGCCCAGACAUGUUUCGUUGCACCGAUGAGGUAUCCUACUGGCUCCACGAGAAUGAGGAACGCAAGCAGCAGGUCCUGGAGUUGCGGGAGCUGAUCUCAGAGCUUCAAGAGGAGCUGAGGAACCACCGGCACCGCAUCAAAGUCCUUGAGCUCCAGCAUGAGGAAGCGGCUGGCCGGAACCACAGCCUGGCUCAACGUGUGCAGGACCUGGAGCAUCGUUACAGUGAGGCGAGCACCCUGCAGCACAUCCAGGCCACGCUGCUCUAUGACAUGCAGGCACAGAUAAACAACAUCUCCGUCCUGACUGACUGGGCUUGGCGAAACCCCACCUGCCUUGGCCCUGCUGAGAUGAGGCUACAGGAAGAGAUGCACCACCCAGAGGUGAAGCAUGGCAGGAACUGCCCCAUUGACUGUGCUUCUGUUUAUUACAAUGGGCUCCGGCGAUCUGGGGUCUACAGUAUCAUGCCCUCAGUGGGAGGGAUGCCGAUUGAAGUGCUAUGUGAGAUGGACACUGAAGGUGGAGGCUGGACAGUCAUUCAGAGGCGUCAGGAUGGCUCAGUUGACUUCAACCGGACCUGGAAUGAGUACAAGGAAGGCUUUGGGGACCUCAAUGGUGAAUUCUGGCUGGGCAAUGAGAACAUCCACAAGAUGACGAGCCAAGGGGACUACUCACUGCGUAUUGACCUGGAGGACUGGAAUAACAAGCACAAGCAUGCCUUCUACCAGGUCUUCAGCAUUGAAGAUGAGACAAACUAUUACCGUCUACAUGUGGAUGGGUUCAGUGGGACAGUGGAGGAUUCCUUUGCCUGGUACCACAACAAGAGGAGCUUCAGCACACCUGACUCAGGGAACAUAUGUGCCGAGAUUUCCCAUGGAGGAUGGUGGUACCACCAGUGCUUUUUCUCCAACCUCAAUGGGGUGUACUACAAGGGUGGACGAUACUCCAUUAAAAACCGCAAGAUCCUGGGGCCAGAUGGUAUUGUGUGGUACUCAUGGAAGGAUACAGACUACUACUCCCUGAGGAAGGUGGUCAUGAUGAUUCGACCACGUACUUUCCGGCCCCACCUCUCCCCAUGAAGGAAGGUGGGACGUUCUUCAUUUCACCUUACAUUGAACACUGGAAAUAGUUUGCUGUGAGCAAAAACUGGUGCUAGGGUUCCCAGAGGGACUAAGCCACCAUGGCUGUUGCUGCCUGUUUGCUUACAAGAGAACUGAACUAACAGCAGAGGCAUUAAGAUCUUCAACAAGGGGUUGGGUGGUGAAAGCUCUCCUGAAAACCUGGAGGCGAUUGCUGAGAAGCGCUUUGCAAAGACAAACAUGUGGCUUGCUGUUUCACCUGGUAGCAAUAGUCUUUGGCAGGCUUGGACAUCCCCAAGAAUUGAGGUUAAAUCCAGUUGCUGGUUUUGACUGGAUGAUGGGAAUCAGCCACCCGUGAAGGCUGGAGCUUACAUUCAAUGGAGGUGUAGCAUGGUCUGGCUACCAACCCGAUGGUAUUUUAGAGGGAAGCAAAGAAGCAGCAACCUUGUAUGAGUUUUCCACUUAGGAUAUGAUGGAUCAAUUCUUGUGCUGUAAGACGUAGGUAAAAACCUGUCUGGAUGGCCAAGCUCAGAGAGCUUGAAUGGAACUAAAUCCAGUUGUUGGCUGGUCACAAGCAGUGUUCCCAGGGCUCAGUGUUGGGGGCAGUCCUGUUUAAUGUCUUUACCCAUGAUAUGGACAAGGGCAUUGAGUCUUCCCUCAGUCAGUUUGCAGAUGACACAAAAUUGGGUGGGAAUGUUGAUCUACAGGAGGGCAAGAAUGUUCUGCAGAGGAAUUUGGACAGGCUGGACCCAUGGGCCAAGGCCAGUUGAAUGAGGUUCAACAAGGCCAAGUGCUGAGUCCUGCACUUGAGUCACAACAGCCACGUCUGGUGCUCCAAGCUGGGGAAGAGUAGCUGGAAAGCUGCCCUAUGGAAAAGGACCUGGGGGUGCUGGUCAACAGCAGCUGAACAUGAGCCAGCAGUGGCCCAGGUGGCCAAAGCCAACACCACCCAGGCUUGGAUCAGCCAUAGUGUGGCCAGCAAGAGUAGGGAAGGGAUCAUCCUCCUGCGCUUGGCCCUGGUAAGGCUGCACCUUGAAUCCUGGCUUCAGUUUUGGACCCCUCACUCCAAGAAAGACCUUGAGGGGCUGGCGCACAUCCAGAGAAGGGGAACGGAGCUGGGGAAGGGUCUUGAGCCCAAGGAUUCUGAGAGUGGCUCAGGGCCCUGGACCUGUUUAGUGUUGAGAAGAGGAGGAUGAGGGGCUACUUUCUUGCUCCCUACAGCUACUUAAAAGGAGAUUGUAAAGAAGUCAGUGCUGGUCUCUUCUCCCAGGUAGCACGGGAUACGAUGAGAGGAAAUGGCCUCACGUUGUGCUGGAGGAGGUUUACAUUGAAUAUUGGGAACAAUUUCUUUACUGAGGGAGUGGUGAAGCCCUGGCAGAGGCUGCCCAGGGCGGUGGUGGAGUCCCCAUCCCUGGAGGAGUUCAGAAAAUCUGUGGAUGUGGCACUUCAGGACAUGGUCUAGUAGGCACAGUGAUGUUGGGCUGACGGUUGGACUGGAUGAGCUUAGAGGUCUUUUCCAAGAUUAACAGUUCUAGAAGAUAAGCAUCUCUCCAGCUUCAGCAGAAUUUCUCUGUUCACAUCUCCAUGUAUAUAUUUGGUACUUAGGGUUCAGCACCCUAGAGAUGUGUCAGGGUGGCUCCAUGGUGUUGUGGCAGCCCUGAGAGCCAGCAUGCAUCACCUAGGGAUGGCACAUCAUGAGCAAAAGCGGAGGAAGGUCUCCAGUGGCCAUCACCUUCCCUGGCAAGGACUGUGUUUAAUGUGGACUUCAGCAUGUUGGGAUAAGACUUUAAAUGAAAGAGUUUAAAGCAAAUGCUGAAUUUGCAAUUCUGGUUUUACCACUACAUCCUUCCUCUGGUGAAGAACUUCCGCUGAUUUUCCCAUCUACCCUAAACGUGGUCUGCAGGAAUGAUUGGAUGUGAUUUUAUGUCUUUAUUUUACUGCCUUACUCUGGAUUCAUUGUUGCUGUCUUUUCACUUUCCAUCUGUAACUGCAGCAAGAGGUUCUCCUUUUUUCCCAGCUUGGUCUCCUCACAGGAUCAAGAGAUGGAGGCUGGGACUCGGCCUCAGCCCUUAAAGUGUCUGGUGAUGAGUAUUUAAUUAGAUUACCAUUUUCCUGUUUGAUGUGGGCAGACAAGUUCAAAGAGGGUUCACCAAAGGGGAAAGGCAGAUGAGUUAAGACAGCACCACUCAUCCCAGCUAUUUGCCUCCUGCUUGAUGCUGUGCUGGCUCCCUGAUGGUUUCUGUAGCUUUUACACUGUUCUGGACUAUAUUUUGCCUAAAACCUUAUUUUCUGGACUAUAUGUUGCCCAGAACCUCAUUUUUCAUGAGUAAAUCAAGAGGAGAAGUUACCUUCCAACAAACAUCCUACAAACUAGUAUCCCCCAAGAUAA